GGUUGGGUGGGGGCACAGCUUUUGAAAAGAUCGUUUGCAGCAGAGUCUGCCUGCUGCUUCUGCAAUGGAGCGUCACUGGGGUCUCAGAGAAGGGUCAGGAAUGGCACUAGUGCACGUGGCCUGUUCUGGCACAAGCGCGAGGGCAGAUAGCCCGUUGUCUGGGACGGAUGGAGAGGAGCAGCUGGGGACUUCGGAUGCUCCAUCGACGUACAAUCGCAAGGACAAAUCUUUGGGUCUUCUGUGUGAAAAUUUCCUGAACCUCUAUGGAAAUGGAGAAGAAGAAUGUAUUAGUCUGGACGAUGCAGCCUCUCGACUAGGUGUAGAGAGAAGAAGAAUCUACGACAUUGUCAAUGUUCUAGAAAGUGUGGAGGUUGUUGUCCGCAAAGCCAAGAAUAGAUAUACAUGGCAUGGAAUGGCAAGACUACCUCAAGCCCUGCAUAGAAUCAAGGAGGCUGGGCUUCGCGAAUUCCGCAUGGAUAUUAUACGUAGCGGAGCUGAUUCACGGUCCUCUGGAUUGACAACCAGGGAUAUUGUGGAAUCUGGUUCCUCAGAUGAGGAGUAUGAGCCUGCAAGUUCACCUCCACAUACUUGUGCGAGCGAGGCGAACACCCAGCACAGCUGGGAUUUACCUCGUAGCCCCAUAGUCAGGCAGGCUGGAAUGGGAGCCCCAAGGAUGGGGGAAGGAGAGGGUGACGACAGUGAAUGUGAUGGUCAAGUAAUAGCUUCUGCUGGCUCAGCCAAGAAACCCCCCCUGGAUAAAAGGCAAGACUGCAGGAAGGAGAAAUCAUUAGGGUUGCUUAGCCAGAAGUUUGUCAUGUUGUUUCUGAUCUCAAAGACGCGUGUUGUGUCGCUAGAUGAAGCUGCAAAGGUUCUUUUAGGUGACUGCACAGAUUCAGGAAAACUAAAGACAAAAGUCCGGCGCUUGUAUGAUAUUGCCAACAUUUUAUCUUCACUUCAUCUCAUUGAGAAGACUCACAUGUCGGAGAGUCGAAAGCCAGCAUUCAGAUGGCUUGGCGGGUUCCAUUGUGAUCUGAACAGAGGUGUUACAAACGCAACUCGUGGCUCAGCAAUGGGAAAAUCAUCUGGCAAUGUCCCUGGCUCCCAUGGCGUCCCGGCGUGGUUGCAAACACCUUCUUCUAGUGGCAUUACUUCUGCCAGAAUGAAGCGGAAGCCCGGUAAGCACGGCGGAAAAGGGGCGAACUCGCUCUGCAAUUCUGAGGAGGUUAGCGUGUCGCCAAAUGGAAAGUUGAAAAAGCAACGGAUGGGGAGCGUGUUGCUGCACAUUGCUGCAUCACCAACGAUUGAAGACGUUGUAACUGUUGUGGAAGACGGCCGUGAUGUCUCACCUUCGCGGUUCCUUGCUGUGGAGGAUGCCAGUGGCCAGUCCCCUGUGGGGGACUCAUCUGGCAUCUUGCAUGUGCAUGAAAGCUCUACCAGCCUGCAAAGUAAUGUUCAUCCAUGCACAAAUGUUGGAGGGGUCAACUUCGUCGCCGUGCCAGUUGCUCCAAGUGGUGUUCCGAUGCUUCCAUCAUGGCGGGACUGGAGCAUGGCUGAGCAGCAACCGACACUCGCAGCAUUGUCAAAUCCAUCAGUGGAUACGUCACGAGUGCAAGGGCAGGGAGAGGAAGGGGCACAGCCAAUUGCACAGGCAUCCUCUCAGGGUUCUUCGGUGGCAGCAUCAACAACGCCUUCAAUAAUGAUUGCAUCUAUGCCUCCAGGCUCGGUUGAUGACCUUGGACAGAUGCAGCCACUGACUCCGAGAACCGGGCAGGAGGGGGACCAGCCAGUUACGAUAGCUUCGCCGCUGGAUCAGGAACCUAAACCUGCAGAUCCUGCACAUGCAACACAAAGGGAUUCCGGAAAAUUCCAGCCGCAGGAUUCUGGUGGGCAAGCAACAGUGAAUGUGGCAGCGGCAGUUCCUCCUCUCCCACCACCGCCACUAUUCGCCUUUCCACCGUUCAUGGUUGGUGGACUUCCCGGGCUUCCUCCCUCAAGCAAACCUUGUGGAUAUUUCCCUGUCAUGCCAACGCCUCUCGUAGCUCCGUUUCUUCCCAUCUCACCGCUCCCACACCAAGUUAUUCCAGGAUUUCCCUGCGUCCCAACGCCUCCAUCCAGCCCGCCGUCGUCAGCUACUUUACGGGGAGCCGAAGAUCAAGCAUGCAUGCCGAACGGCCCAGAAAUGGCAAUGAUGGCGGCCAUGCAUUAUCAAAGUGAGACCCUGAACCAGUUUUUUUCUCAUUAUAUGAGUGCUUGGAAGGCAUGGUAUAUGCAUGCGGUGACAUUAAUGCCACACUUGGGCGCCCCAGGGGGCCAGCAAUCAGGUGCAGCAGUGCAGGUGACUGUUUCUCCCUCGUCUGCAUCAACUUCUGGAAGCGCAGGGCACCAGCACACGUUUUCCAAAGCGUCAAUGGUAGCGCCCUUGGAAGGGAUCACGUCAGUGGUCCCCAGUCCAGGAAGCCAUAUGGUUUGCCACACUUUGCCAGUGACAUCGGCGCAGAGUGGGAUGAGUUCUAUGUGUGGGACGAUGGAUGGUGUAGCGCCGAUGGCUCUUGCGAAAGUGGAAUUAUGUGGUGCCGGAAGCCACUGACAAAGAAAGCCACCAAUUUUAUGGAUGGAGGAAGAGUACGCUCGGUCACCAAUUUGUUAUCGAGUCGGGAUGGCAGCUGCCUCUUAUGGGAGGCGAUACUGGAUUCUGGUGUUUGGUAGUGUGAUAAAUUCUGUUGGCUUCAGGCUUUUCGUCAAGUCGCGGCGUUCAGAGGUACCAUGAGUGGCUUUUUUUUCUUAGCAAGAAGUCUCAGGAGUAGUUCCUUUUGUUUAUUUCGCAUGGACGUUGCAAUUGCUCAUGUGCAGUAAGGUUCAAUUGCAACCUUCAUCAAUGUACAACUUCUGCUGCUUUGCUCUGCGUGAUAAGCAGGACACUAGU